AUGACCUCGCAGGGGUUUUCUUUUCCCCCGCCACCACCACCUCCCCCGACCACCCAGCAGCCAUCGGCGUACCCCUCGGCGCAGCAUGGACCGCAUUGGGGACGAGGUGCGGGCGGACCUCGAGGCCGGGGACGGGGUCACAACAAUCGAGGAGGCCGAGGUGGACAUUUUGCUGACAGUCGACCUUCUGCAUACCCUCCGAAUCCUGCAGGUUUCAACUAUCCCCCUGUGAAUUAUGGCGGCUACCCAACUCAACCGAUGUCGACCACCUACAUGCCUCCCUCACAAUAUCCUCCCUCACAGUCCUCAAGCUUCCAGCAUCCACCGAAUCCUCCAUUUCCACCACCACAACAGUUUGCGACAGGUUCCACGGCUUAUCAACAGCUAUCCUACAACACGGCGAACCUCCCGUCCUACCCUCCUCAGACUACCCCGACAUAUCCUGCCGGUGUACCAACACCGCAGCAUUCGCCUCCGCCAAACCCGAUGAUGGGAUCUAUGCACUGGGGUGCCGAUCGACAGGGUACAGUGCCAUACAUGGGGGCUCAGCCUGGACAUACACGAGGCCCCCGUUUGUCGCAUCCGCAUGGGAACCACGGUCCCAAACAAAAGCAUGCUACCAAGCGGGACCACACAGCUGCAUUUAGCAAACCCCAAUCAACCCUCAAAACCCCCGCACCACCUCCAGUUCCCAGCUUUGGCAAUCCCUUACCAGUGAAGCCACCACCGGCCGCCGACGCCAUCCGCAAACCGAAGAAAAGAAAGAGGAAGCAUAACCAGCUGGGUUUGACUCCAAAGACCGAAGAGCAUGAGUCCAGCGAGGAGGACGAGGAUGUCAACGAGGAAUCCAAACUGGCGCCAGGCUCUGAUGCUGCGCCGCUCCAGUUUACCUACAAAGGUCAGACUGCGACACUCCAGUCUGCGACAGAUAUUGCCGCAUGGAUUGCAGAACGAAGGAAGAGAUUCCCCACACAAGCCCGAAUCGAGGAAAAGAAAAAGGCUGCGGAGGAGGCCAAAGCGGCCCGCGAAGCAGCUCGCCGGCAGAAAGACCAGACGAAACCCAAGGACUCUGGUCACAAAACGGAUAAAACGGGCGAGGAACAUGCUGACCCUGCAGUCAAUGCUGCCAUGAAGGCGCAACGCAAGGCUGAUAAGAUCCGACGAACUCUUGACCGGGAGCAGAAACGCUUCGCCAAAGCUGAAGCCGAAGCAGAGGCCGCUCGUCUGCGGGUGGAAGCACUACAGAAAGAGGCCUUGGGUCUGAAGCCGGAGGGCUCCGGGCAGAACGGAUUGAGCAAACCGGAAAAUCAUGAAUUGUCACAAUCGGGGAUAGACGAGAAGAACGCCUCGACUCAAGAUGCGAAGCAGCCAGAGGUAUCAGAAGAAGCGUUGGUCACAGAGGUACCUGACUCCGUUCAUAUCACCGAGGCUGUCCACCACGCGCAACAUGCCUCGGACGAGUCCAUGGAUCUGUCAUCUCACGAGUCCGACGCGAGCGACUGGACCUCAUCCAGCGGUUCUAGCUCAGAGUCCGAGUCCGAGUCUGACGCCAGCGAGGAUUCCGCACCCGAAGAGGUGAGCUUACGCCGCAUGGGGCCUGAAAGAGUUGCUCCGCCACCUCGCGAGGGCAAGAAACCCCCCUGUCGCCACUUUGCUCGCACCGGGCAUUGUAACCGCGGCGACAUGUGUAAAUUCUCCCAUCUCCCGGAGCGAGCUCCCAAAACAAAGCCGGCAGAGCAGAGGGGGCGCAAGGGACUUCUCCAGGCCGUAAGAUUCUCUAUUGUCCAUUUUUAG